AACAAUCUUGAUGGUUGUAAGCGAUAUUUUGAAAUUUUCGAUUGAAAUGAUCACAGAACACGACGAUAAAGAGACUAUAUGUGAUUCAGUGAACUCAUUAGUAGAAGGAUGUCGUUUACCAGUGCGAAUGAGCGGUACCGACGAUUGGCCUCUGGCCGAAAUUGUCAGUAUGAAAGAACAGCAAGGUUUAAAAUACUACUACAUACAUUAUGUAGAUUUCAACAAAAGACUGGACGAGUGGGUCUCAGAAGACUGUCUAGAUACUCGAAAAGUUCAGUUUCCAAGGCGAGAUGGAGCAACGGCACCAGGCACUGGAGCAGCUACUCCAAAAAAGCAAAUACCUAGUAGACCGCAAAGUCCUAGUAUAGUACAUAAUGAACCUGUCAAUGGAUCAGCAGUAUUACAAGCAGCACUGCAAAAGAAAAUGGCAAGAAAAAGAAAGGGCACAUUUGUUGAUAAUGAAGACUCACAAGAUGGAGCAACUCCAAAUACUCCAUCUGGUCCUAGGUCAACAGGAUCUUUAGUUGCUCAUCAUCAUGAUGAUGUUGUUACAAGGAUGAAAAAUGUAGAACUUAUUGAACUUGGCCGGCACAGAAUAAGACCAUGGUACUUCAGUCCAUAUCCACAAGAAAUGGUUAAUUUAGCUUGUAUAUACAUAUGUGAAUUUUGUCUCAAAUAUCGUAAGAGUCGUAAGUGUUUGGAGAGACAUUUAGCAAAAUGCAAUUUACGACAUCCUCCUGGAAAUGAAAUUUAUCGAAAAGGAUCAAUAUCAGUUUUUGAAAUUGAUGGAAGGAAAAACAAAAUUUAUGCACAAAAUUUGUGUCUACUAGCAAAGUUGUUUCUAGAUCACAAAACACUGUAUUAUGAUACAGAUCCAUUUCUUUUUUAUGUGAUGACAGAAUUUGAUAACCAUGGGUAUCACAUGGUUGGAUAUUUUUCAAAAGAAAAGGAGUCAACAGAGGAUUAUAAUGUAGCAUGUAUUUUAACAAUGCCACAAUAUCAAAGGAAAGGUUACGGGAAAUUACUUAUAGAGUUUUCAUACGAAUUGUCAAAAUUUGAAGGAAAAACGGGUUCUCCGGAAAAGCCACUUUCCGAUUUAGGAUUACUGUCUUAUCGAAGUUACUGGGCGCAUACUAUAUUGGACAUUUUACUUAAUGUCAAACCUCAAUUAGAUAAUGAAAAACCACAGAUUACAAUCAAUGAAAUCUGCGAACUUACCUCCAUUAAAAAGGAAGAUGUGAUCUUUACAUUACAAAAUCUUAACUUAAUUAAUUAUCAUAAAGGACAGUACAUAGUUAUAUUAAAUAAAGAUAUCAUUGGUCAACAUCGAUCAACUAUGGAAAAGAGAAAGAUUAGAAUAGAUCCAAAGUGUCUGCAUUGGACACCUAAAGAUUGGAGUGUUCGGGCAAAGUGGUGAAUGAAUGCUAAUCAGACAAUAAAUAAAAGUAUGACCUUGUGGUGCGAUCCAUUGAAGAAUUCCAGAAGUGAUUUGACUAAAUAUGUGGAUGUACAAAUUUGUAAAAAAUAUUGUGUAAUGAGCAUUUUUUUAAGAGACUGCCACUGGCUUUUAUCAUGAAUUAAGAAGUUUUGGCUUCGAUUGCUAGAAAAUGACAUUUUAAUACAGUGACUAGAUUUUUUCAAAUCUAAAUUAAGCAGGUCAACUAGAAGAUUGUUAUGCCAAUCAUCAGUACGUGAUUGAUGAAUUGUACAGGGACUUACCAAUAGUAUAUAAUUGUAAAUAAAUGUGCUUUUAUAUAAAAAAAAAUGAAAACGUAAGUAAAUUUCGUUUACUUACCUUGAUUGAUGAACAGAAUAAUUGAUUGUAAAUAUAAAUACAAAAACAAUGUAAAAUUUAUCCAGUCGAAUGGUUAGACGAUUCGAA